UUUGAAAUUCCAUCUGGGGUGAUCUGUGAAAACUACAGUGACUUUCACUAGCUGAUGAACUUCCCAUAAUUGUAUGUUAUUGACUCAUCCCUUUCUCUCAAAUUUGCUUUAUAGUCAAAACUUAAGUUCUUGAUAAUGACCCUAUAAUGGCCCCUUUUCCCUUUGGCUUUUCUCAACCCAUAUAAUACUCAUUUCACUGUUAUGCAUCCAUUGAUGAGAAAGUUUUGUUAGAUCUGGAGAUUUUGGAUUUAGAUAGCGAUUUGAGCAAAAGGGUACGUCAAAAAGUGGAAGAUCAAAAUGUCUCUGUUUAUGGAACCAAACUGGGUUUCAUUCAAUCCAUCAUUGAAUUGAUAGAGAAGAUUGAUAUUCAUGGACUACAACCCUCAUUCUCUCUCCUUGUCCUUGUGUGUUCUUCUUCUUGUUCUUGUUUCUGGUGUGAGAUCAGGGGAUUUUGAAUCGCUUUUGAGUUUGAGAUCUUCGAUUGAUCCUUCGAACUCGUUGCAAUGGCCAGGAAGCGAUGUGUGUAGCUGGGAAGGAAUUAAAGAGUGUAUGAAUGGAAGAGUCACGAAGCUUGUGCUUGAACACUUGAAUUUGAGUGGUAUAUUGGAUGAGAAAUCUCUGAAUCGAUUAGAUCAGAUUCGAGUUCUGAGCUUCAAAGGAAACUCCAUUAAUGGUCAAAUCCCAGACCUCUCUGGUUUACACAACCUCAAAUCACUCUUCCUCAACGACAACAACUUCUCCGGCGACUUUCCGGCCUCCGUAACCCUCCUCCACCGCCUCAAAACCAUCGUACUCUCCGGAAACCUAAUCUCCGGCGAUAUUCCAUUCUCUCUCCUCAAUCUGCGCCGACUCUACGUUCUCUACUUGGAAAACAACUUGUUCUCCGGCCAAAUCCCUCCUUUCAACCAGUCCAGCCUCCGAUUCUUCAAUGUCUCCAACAACAACCUCUCUGGCGAAAUCCCGAUCACUCCGGCACUCAUUCGCUUCAACAUCUCAUCAUUCUCCGGCAACAACAUCAAUCUCUGCGGCGAACAAAUCCACAUUUCAUGUAAUAACAGCAGCCAUGGAUUAUUAGCUCCGGGUCCAUCGACGAGUCCGGCGCCGCCGCGGUCGAACCACCACCGCCGGAGGAAAAAGAUAAUAGCGAUAAUAGCGGCGAGUGUGAGUGGAUUAUUUAUUGUAUUAUUAGUCCUCUGUUCAGUAUUUUUCUGUUUGGUUUCUAGGAAAAGGACAGAAAACAGGGGAGAAAACAGAGGCGGUAAAAUCGCUGUUGUUGGCGACGGCGGCGGCGGAGAAGUGGCAGUGGUGGAAGGGGAAGGGAGUGGCGGCGGUGGCGGUGAUAGAAAACAAGGGUUUUCGUGGGAGGGAGAGGGGUUGGGGAGCUUGGUGUUUUGCGGAGGAGGAGGGGAGGAGGAGAUGAGUUAUAGCUUGGAGGAUCUGCUGAAGGCGUCGGCGGAGACGCUGGGGAGAGGGACGAUGGGGAGUACUUACAAGGCGGUGAUGGAGACUGGGUUUAUUGUGACGGUGAAGAGGUUGAAGGAUGCUAGGUAUCCCAGACCGGAGGAGCUGCGGCGGCACAUGGAGGUGCUGGGGCGGCUCCGCCACCCCAAUAUUGUUCCGAUUAGGGCUUAUUUUCAGGCUAAGGAGGAACGCCUUCUUGUCUAUGAUUACUUCCCCAAUGGCAGCCUCUUCUCUCUCAUCCAUGGAUCAAGACCUUCAGGCGGUGGAAAGCCUCUUCACUGGACAUCGUGCCUUAAAAUAGCCGAGGACUUGGCUACCGGACUGCUUUACAUUCACCAAAACCCCAGUCUAACCCAUGGAAACCUGAAGUCCUCCAAUGUACUAUUAGGGUCAGACUUUGAGUCCUGCCUCACCGAUUACGGUCUGACCGCAUUUAAAAACCCAAAUACACUCGAAGAAUCAAGUGCUUCAUCGCUCUUCUAUCGAGCCCCUGAAUGCCGUGACCCCCGAAAGCCACCCACCCAGCAAGCUGACGUCUACAGCUUUGGCGUGCUGCUUCUCGAACUCCUAACUGGAAAGACUCCUUUCCAAGACCUUGUUCAAGAACAUGGUUCGGAUAUUGUCAGGUGGGUCCGGUCAGUCCGAGAAGAAGAGACCGAGUCUGGUGAUGACCCGGCCUCCAGCAAUGAGGCCUCGGAGGAGAAACUAUGGGUACUUUUGAACAUUGCAAUGGCUUGUGUUUCACUUGCACCAGAGCACAGACCCGCGAUGAGGGAGGUGUUGAGGAUGAUCAGAGCGACUCGAGCAGAAGCUCAAGUGUCGUCGAAUAGCAGUGAUCAUUCUCCGGGAAGAUGGUCGGAUACUGUCCAGAGCUUACCACGGGAAGAACAUUUGAGUAUAUGAAUUCUUCAUAAAGUUGGCAUUUCAAAUUUUUUUGCAUAUGAUUUUUUCUUUGGAUUUGAAAUCUUGUUGUUCAACUAGGCAUUGUAGAGUCUAUUGGGGUAAAUUAAGGUCUUCAUUUUUUGUUAAAUGCUUUGUUUUUGUGCCACUUUGAAUUAGUGUGUGUGUGUUUUUUUUUCCUUUUAUUUUGUUGAGUAAUUACACAUUUUUACCCUCUUAA